CUUCACUAUCUGGGGGCAGGCAGAGCUUCUGUCAUCCGGGAAGGGGGAGAGCCAAAGCCGCGCAGGCCCUGGGCUGCGAUGGCGGGGGACACGGAGACCGUAGGGGGGAAGGGGUGCUGCUACUGACCCGGGCACCCCCUUCUCCAGCGGGGUCGGGGAGCUGGGGUGCCGCUGGCCACGUCGCCCUGGGUGACCUUCCUUGGAUGUGGACCUGCCCCUGAGCAUCCUUCCGCCAGGCCCCAGCCUGGGUACCACCCGCGAGAUGCCUGCCUGCAUCCGCACCCAACCCGCCUUUGUGUCUCAGUGAGGGCGCGGGGCCGCCGCCGAGAUCCUCUUCUGAGGUCAGCCAAGCUUCCAGCCACCCUCUCUUUCCAGCUCCCAUGGGGACCACGGAAGCCACGCUGAGGAUGGAAAACGUGGAUGUGAGGGAUGAAUGGCAGGACGAGGAUCUGCCCAGACCUCUUCCUGAAGACACAGGGGUGGGGCUGCUGGACGGCGCCGCGGAAGACUCCUCCUCUCCUCCCUCCACCCUAAACUUGGGCGGAGCACAUCGGAAGAGAAAGACCCUGGUGGCCCCAGAGAUCAACAUCUCCCUGGACCAGAGCGAGGGCUCCCUGCUGUCCGACGACUUCCUGGACACGCCAGAUGACUUGGACAUCAACGUGGACGACAUCGAGACACCGGAUGAGACCGACUCACUGGAGUUCCUCGGAAAUGGCAAUGAGCUUGAGUGGGAAGACGACACCCCAGUGGCCACUGCCAAGAACAUGCCCGGAGACAGCGCGGACCUGUUUGGGGACAGCGCUGCGGACGAUGGCAGCGCAGCCAACGGUCGCUUGUGGCGGACUGUCAUCAUCGGGGAGCAGGAGCAUCGCAUCGACCUGCACAUGAUCCGGCCGUACAUGAAGGUGGUCACCCACGGAGGGUACUACGGGGAAGGCCUCAACGCCAUCAUCGUCUUCGCAGCCUGUUUCCUCCCAGACAGCAGCUCCCCCGACUAUCACUACAUCAUGGAGAAUCUCUUCCUGUACGUCAUCAGCAGCCUGGAACUGCUCGUCGCUGAAGACUACAUGAUCGUGUAUCUAAACGGCGCCACGCCCCGGAGGAGGAUGCCCGGCAUCGGCUGGCUGAAGAAGUGUUACCACAUGAUUGACAGGAGACUGAGGAAGAAUCUGAAGUCUCUGAUCAUUGUGCACCCGUCAUGGUUCAUCCGCACCGUGCUGGCUAUCUCCCGGCCCUUCAUCAGUGUCAAGUUCAUCAGUAAGAUCCAGUACGUGCACAGCCUGGAGGAGCUGGAGCGACUCAUCCCCAUGGAGCACGUGCAGCUGCCCGAGUGUGUCCUGCAGUACGAAGAACAGAGACUCAGAGCCAAGAGAGAGAGCGCACGACCACCAAUACAACCAGAGUUCCUCGUUCCCAGAUCCGAAGAAAAACCAGAGACGGUGGAAGAAGAGGACAGGUCAGCAGAAGUGACAGAAGACCAGGAAGUGAGCAUGUCCUGAUUUAACUGGAACCUGGAGAUGGACAGAGAAGAUUCCAGACACCACAUAACCUCCGUCAGAGGCCUGAGGGCCCCAGACUUCAUCCUGCCUCAUCCUGUGUCCAUCGUUAGAGGAUAUCCGGCUCCUUCGUCCCCCUCUUCGCCCCCUGGUGUCUUCCGCUGCUUGAGUCCACCUCACGGUUUUCAUUGAGAUGUGUGCCACCUUCUGGAACGAACUGGGUCCUUGGCCUCUACCCUUCCAUACUCUGAGCUUGUGAUUGGCAGAGCUGGACAUGAACGGCGUCGCCCUGUUCCUCUGAGACUCCGGCUCUUCCUCCAGACCUCCACAGCCCCACCUGAGAUGGCACAAGCGUGCGUUUUCACAGACCCACGAGAGACCAUUGCUCAGCUCUCACCUGUCCCUAGCUGGAGCCUUGGAUUCCUGGUGGCUCCAGCUGGGGCUGCGUCUGCUUCUCUGUGGAAUGAGACCCACUGUCCCCUCUCCCUGUCACCCCAAGCAGGGCUGUGACUGCUUACCUGACAUCCUCACUGACACCCCCAUUCUGCCAUUUGACGUCUUCAAGGCCCUUCAAGCCCAUUGCACACAUGCUGGUCCACCUGGUGGUCCCCAAACCCUCUUCCCCACAAUCUGAAACAUUUUCUAGCCCUUUAAAGUAGCUGUGAAUCCUGGAGACUUUAACUCACACCUCCUUCUCAGAGAAGUUGUGUCCACCUUUCUGUCCCCUGCUCGGGCCAGUCUUAGGUCUGUGUCACCAAGCAGGAGAAGAGUACAUAAAAAAAAAAAUGAAGAUACAGGGUUGUGGGUGCUAGUGGAUCUGGGGGAUCCCCUAGGGAAAUAUGUCCCAGUGGGCGGGGCACUGAGGCCACCUGACCUUAACGCACUUUCCGAAGAGCAGAUUUACCUCGAUGAUGGUGUCCGGACGCCAUGGGAGUGUAAGAAGCAAGCCUCCUGUCUCCAGGGGCACUAAGACCGGGUGACAUUUAUGAGGAGAGGUCCCCUGAAGACUUGGUGGCACACAUCUUUAACCCCAGGAUCUCAGUGAGUUCCUGGACAGCCUGGUCUACAGAGGGGUACCCGUCCACCAACCACUGGUCCUUGCCUUCUCCAAAGCUGGGUUCCAUCCAUCCCACCGUGAGGUGUUUGGCCUCUGUGACAUGCCUCUGCCUCUCACUCUUGAAUCUCUGGUGGCUGCAGGAGAGUAGCUUCCACCUGGAGAGUCACAAUCUCCGACCAACAGCACCCAAGGAUCUGAGUUCUGCUGGGGACGCACCACACGUCUGGGCCUCAGAGGGACCUGAUAGAGUUGUGCAGGGCACUGGGUUUGGUUUGGUUUUGAGACAGGAUCAGUGUGGCCUCCAACUCCCGAUCCUCCUGCCUCAGUUGCCUGAGAGCAGGCCUGGCAGGUGUGUACCCUCAAGUUGUAUCUAUCCAACAUCAGAUAGAAGAGGGGAACCCAGAUGGCGCCCCAGAUCGAUACCCAUGGAUGGCCUCUCUUGGCUGUUGGAAACAGAAUCCUACAGGCUUUUCCUACCCGGUGGCUUCUGGUGACAACCGACGCCUAUGGCAUGAGGACAACUGUGGCAGGGCCGGAUGGACGAACAUAAACCUCCCAGCCCUCAAGGGUGUGAAGUCCUUCCCCCAACCCUGGGAAACUAAUGGAGGCUGAGCCACGGCAGCCCACCACCCCCACCGCCACGGCAGCCCACCACCCCCGCUGCCACAGCAACCCACACCCCCCGCCAUGGCAGCCCACCACCCUCGCCGCCACGGCAGCCCACCACCCCCGCCGCCACGGCAGCCCACCACCCCUGCCGCCACGGCAGCCCACCAUCCCCGCCGCCACGGCAGCCUACACCCGCCGCCACGGCAGCCCACCACCCCCGCCGUC